UCACGGCGAACUGUCAAUCACGCAGGCCCCGCCCCCAGGAUACGGAACAACAAGUACACACGCCAGCGCGUUGCUGAGCUCCAGCAAAGGUCCGGGUUUUCCGCGAUGUGGGUUAAUUAGAGCCGAGGUUUUGCGGUCAAAGGCAACAGAAAGGUUCUAAAGAAGGAAGGGAGUGCUGAGGACGUGGUAUAGGGAUUGCAGACGUCGAAAAGACCUGGUGUUGAACCAUGAGUGAGACGGUAACGGUCACGGAGACCCAGCCCGCGCCGGCGACGAAAGCCGACGAUGUGGAUGAUUUUGAGAAAGAACUGGACUGGCUGAUUGAGGAGGACGAGAAGAAGACGGACAACAAAGAGUCGUCAGAAGAAGAGGUAUCCGAAGACAAGAUCGACAAAGAACUGGAAGAAAAUGAAAAAGAAGACCAAAAAGAGCCUGAGAAGCCAGAGGAGAAACCCGAAGAAGAGCACAAAACGGAAACUUCCUCAGGUGAGAAAACUGAGGGCGAUGAUGUCACAGACGAGCAGCGUGCGGCAGACCUGGCGCUCCAGCAGAUGCGAGACUCUCUCGAAUUUAACGAAGACGAUACCCUGAUGGACGGAGAUCCUCCAGAGUACAACGUUAAAGAGCGCCUCAAGGAACUAAACGAGGAACUCGCCAAGGAGCCUCUUGUGGAAGAAGAGAGCAGAGAAAGAAAAGUGUUGUUUAAGGAAAACUUAGUGGACUUGGAAGUCCCUCCACCUGACUACAGUGAUGAUGAGCCGGAUGGAACGGCGAAAACAGACUCGACGGAAAACGUCGCGGAGGACGUUAAGGACAAAUUGACUCUGAGCGAAUCAGAACCCAGCAGCUCAAACGACAGUGAGAAAGCAAACACGACAGAUGAGAGUGGGAAGGGGGAAGAGAACGGGGAAGGGGAAAGGGUGCUAGUGGAGCGGGAGGGGAAAUUCGAACUUGUUCAUGUUUCCGAACUGCAGGGUGAGGAGGAAAGGAUGCAGCAGUUGGCCGCGCCUUUCCCCGCAAAUGAGAACAAUGAUACAACAGAGGACAAUGACGACACAGACCAGACGGACAAUGACAGCUCUUCCACGAAAAGGUCGCAGGGGACAGGCGUGGAGACAAACGAGCUGUUGCCACGGCCACCGGACAAACCCCGCCCAUCAACAGCGGCCGGCGUAUCCAGGCGACCAGCGAAGGUGACUACUCCACAAAGAGCACAGUCUGCGUCAUACACGCGGGAGGAAUACGUGAAGAGAAGUUCGCCGUACGGGCUCUCGGAUACGCAGAAGCAGCUGAUGAAAGAGCGACAGAAGGCGAUCGCCGAGAGGAAGAGACUGGAAGAGGAGAGGAUGAAGGAAGAGGAACAGAGACGGAGGGAGGAGGCAGAGGGGGCGUUUCAGGCGUGGUUGGCUCAGAAGAGAGAGCAGCACCGGCGAGAGAGGGAGGACCUCCGCAGGAAGAAACAGCUCGAGCAGGCUGACCAGCAUGGUGUCAGCAGGGAUGGAAAGCUGUCUGUCCCACCUGGUGGUUUGGAGGAAUCUGAUGAGGAUGACGAGGAUCCUCAGGAGGCAUACCAGGAGUGGCUGAAGGCGAAGAGAGACCAGAGAAAGAAGGAACGAGAGAUAGAAGAACAGAGGAAAAGAGAGCAGGAGGAGGGAUUCUACCUGAGAGCAAGAGAGGACUGUGAUAAGGCAUAUAAACAGUGGUUAAGACGGAAGAAUAAGGAGAUACAACAGGAGAAGGUGGCCACCAAGAAGAAGAAGAAGCGCCUGAAGUCUUCUGAGCGCAAGUCCCGAAAAUCUCAGGAGCUAUCGCAGGCGAUCAGACAGGCACAGGCCUUCAGAUACGUGGACUACUAUGGAUAUCGUUUCUAAGAAAGCAGGCACCCUUAUGUUGUGCAACAGACAGCUACAGUAUAUAUACAUGUAGCUACACAGAACUAGUUUAAGUAGUCCAAGAGUAUUUUCAAACAUUUGAUUACCCUGUUAUAUACAGUAACUGUUACGUAUUUUUGAUCUCAAACAAAAACUUUUGUACCAUAUCAUUUCUAGAUGCAUUAUUGUUUUGACAUUGUAUUUUACAUGUGCUUAGAUGUUUUUCUAUUUAAGUAGUUGAACUACCAAAUGGAUGAGAAAAAUUAUUCAAAUUUUGUUACAUCUAGAGAAAUAGUUUCUUUUAAAGAAACGGUGUCUUUAGUCUCAGGGCUAUUCCUGGAGGUUUACUCAACAUUGUAAAUACAUGUACUAGAAGUAUAGUUACUUAACGCUAGUUCACCUUUAUCCGCGUGGUAACCUUUAUUGGUUGUAUAUAAAAUAGGAGUAUUUAGGGAUAUCAAGUCAACAGACGAGUGUUUCAUACUGGAGUGCUAUGAAAAUAUUGCAAUUUGAAACCAAUGUCCGUCGAUUAGAUAUCCCUCAAUAUCUCAAUAUUUAAACAACAGAACGAUAUAGGUUACCAUGUGGAUAAAGGUGAACUACCCUUACUUGUACUUUAGAAUCUGUUCUUUGCGUAUUUGUUGACUCAGGUUUCUAAUUUGUGGUUCAUUUGCUUUGUUAAAUAACAGAUUUGCCAUUGUUACUUUUAACGCUUUAUUGUUAGUAGUAAUUCAUUUUUUUGUGACAGCUCAAGUUUGAUUUUGCGUUGAACCAGAAUUAAUAGAUGUACAUGUUUUAAGGUUAACCUAAUUCAAUAAGAUGAAGUUUAGUUUAUCCAUCAUCAUCGGCUAAUUCAAGACUGUCCCUUUAAUUUUUUAAACAGUGUGUACAGGAUCAAGAACAUUGUGUAGAUCGUCAAAAAACAGUUUACUGAUAUUCAAAAUGCUAAUUUUUUUUUUCUUUCAUGUCUCUUGCUUGCCUGCCAAUUUUGAACAAAUGUUGUAUGAUUAUGGCGUAGGCAAAACGUGUAUUAUUGAUCUGUAAAGUUAUAAUAUAACUGCUAUACAUUUUUUAUUGUAAUUAUAAUAGAUUAUAGCACUUCAGGGCAAAGUUGCCAAGUUUGCUGAAGCAAAACAAUCUCCGGGGUUUCCUCUUUACAGUAUUCCGUUGACUUAAAGUUACAAAAAUCUUCUGUAUUACCAUGAAAAUUAGAAGCCGCUGUUUAAACUUUAUAUUGUUCAUGCUAAUUUGAACAACAGAUUGUAAAAUAUAAUGCUUGUACCUCAAAUGUGUUUAGUUGUGCAAUAGUUACUAGAAGUAGAAUUUGAUUCAUAUGUUGUGUGCAGGUAGUUUGAUUCAGAAAGAGAUUUUGUUUUGUGAUAUA